AUGCGUCUCCCUGAGUGCCACUCCCACAUCACUAUGAACUGUGAGCAGGACUUUGCAGACGGGGGCUUGGGAGUGACCCUCACACUACGACUGCUCAUGCAUGGAAAGGAGGUCGGCAGCAUCAUAGGAAAGAAAGGAGAGACGGUGAAACGAAUACGAGAAGAGAGCAGCGCUCGGGUCAACAUCUCAGAGGGCUCCUGUCCGGAGAGGAUCAUCACCAUCACCGGCUCCACGGACUGCGUCUUCAGAGCUUUCACCAUGAUCACAUACAAACUGGAGGAGGACCUGACUGCGCUGGUGGCCAACGGCACCAUCAGCUCCAAGCCACCGGUCACCCUGCGGCUGGUCAUCCCCGCCAGCCAGUGUGGCUCUCUCAUCGGGAAGGGAGGGGCCAAGAUAAAAGAGAUCAGAGAGAGCACCGGAGCUCAGAUACAGGUGGCGGGGGAUUUGCUGCCCAACUCCACUGAGCGAGGGGUGACGAUAUCCGGGAAUCAGGAGUCUGUAAUCCAGUGUGUCAGGCUCAUCUGCACAGUAAUCCUGGAGUCUCCCCCAAAGGGUGCUACCAUCCCCUACCGCCCGAGUCCCUCACCAGCCGCCCUCCUCAUCGCAGGGAACCAGGUGUACGAGGCGUCAGAUUUUGCCCCCCACCAACUGUACUCCGUCACCCAGGGUGGUCUGGACCUCCAACAGGCCUACACUCUGCAAAACCAAUACGGCAUUCCACACUCAGAGAUGGCCAAGCUACAUCAGCUGUCAAUGCAGCAAGGCCUGAGUCCAAUGGCCCAGCCCGCCUCGACUAUCAUGCCUGGGAUGGACUCCAAUUCUCAGACAUCUCAGGAGCUGCUUAUUCCCAAUGAUCUGAUCGGCUCGAUCAUCGGCCGUCAGGGCACCAAGAUCAACGAGAUCAGGCAGGUGUCCGGAGCUCAGAUCAAGAUCGGCAGCCAGCUGGACGGCACGAGCGACCGCCACGUCACCAUCACGGGAACGCCGGUCAGCAUCAACCUGGCCCAGUACCUCAUUACCUCCUGUUUAGAGACAGCCAAAUCCACGGCCCAGGCCGCCACCAUGGCGUCUCCGGUCGACCUCAACAUGGCCUUCGCCCAGCCGGCCUCCCCCGCCACCUCCCCGGCCCCCACCAUGGCCACCAUGGGCGCCCUGACCCCGGCUCACAUGCUGGGCAACCCGUACGGUGCCAUGCCCCUCUCAGGCCUGCUGGGGGUGAAGUCCGUCCCCUUUCUGACUCUGUCCAGCCCGGGCCCCACCGUGGCCGUCACCGCGGCGCCCUCCCACACCACCCUGGCCGCCUACACCGCCAAAAUCUCCUCAGCCAACUGCAUCAAAAAGCCAGAGAGACAGAAGUUCGCUCCGUACUGAUGAGCUCCACGUCCCAGAGGAGGAGAGAGGAGGAAAUCAAACGACGGACA